CUCAAACCUUGCAGGAAGCAAGAAGAAGAAGAAAAGAAAGAAGAGGUCAGCUGUUUACAUUACUGUAGGCUAUUGUUGAAGUUGCUGUGUUACAGUGUUACCAGUACAACCAUGAGCAGCAGAACAAUAAUAAGAAUGAGAAGCCACUGCAUAUCAUUGUCAUUGCAAUAUACAGUAGUUCCUUUUACUAUGUUCUGAGCAAUGCACAGGUCUGUCCCUUUGCCUGCCUCCUUUCUUUCAGAUGAUUGUGGAUCAAUCUCACUAACUGUAAAUAUGAGAGUGUGCGCCGAGCUGCCCGCAGAUACGGUCUGCGAGAGGCUGGGGAAGGAGAAGAGUGGACCUUAUUUUGGACUGAUUUUUCAGUCUCUUUGGAUAGAGUCAUGGAAAUGAAGCGAUAUCAGAAAAUCAACCAUUUUCCAGGAAUGAAUGAGAUAUGUAGGAAAGACCUCCUUGCAAGAAACCUGAACCGUAUGUUGAAGCUAUUUCCAAAAGACUAUAACAUCUUUCCCCGCACUUGGUGCCUUCCUGCAGAUUACAGUGAUUUUCAAGCCUACACAAGAGCCAAAAAGAAUAAAACCUAUAUUUGCAAACCAGAGUCAGGUUGCCAAGGUCGCGGUAUCUUUCUCAGCAAGUCCAGCAAAGACAUCCGACCAGGUGAACACAUGAUUUGCCAGGUGUAUAUAUCCAAGCCAUUUAUAAUAGAUGGAUUCAAGUUUGACUUGCGCAUUUAUGUGUUGGUGACUAGCUGUGAUCCCUUCCGCAUCUUUGUGUACAAUGAGGGACUAGCUCGUUUCUGCACCAACCAGUACAGUGAGCCCACCGGUAGCACCAUGGAUGAUGUUUGCAUGCACCUGACCAACUAUGCCAUCAACAAGCACAGUGAGAAUUUUGUUCAUGAUGAUGACAGGGGAAGCAAACGGAAGCUUUCAGCCUUCAACAAGUAUCUGGAGUCCAUGAGUUAUGACUCACAGAAGGUGUGGGCAGAUAUUGAUGAUGUGAUCAUUAAGACCCUCAUCUCAGCUCAUCCCAUUCUCAAGCACAACUACCACACCUGCUUCCCCAAUCAUACAGCAGGCAAUGCCUGCUUUGAGAUCCUGGGCUUUGAUGUGCUGCUGGACCAUCGGCUCAAGCCCUGGCUGCUGGAGGUCAAUCAUUCUCCUAGCUUCACCACAGACUCUCAUUUGGACCGUGAGGUGAAGGACAGCUUGCUGUAUGACACUCUGGUGCUGAUUAACCUGGGGGCAUGUGAUCGCAAGAAGAUCACAGAAGAGGAGAAGCGUAGGGUGAAAGAGCGACUACAACAGAAUCGCUCCAGAGAGGCCAGGAAUGAGGAACUUCGCCAGGCCCAGGCUACCAGUAUGGAGCAGAUGCAGAGAUAUGAAGCCAAUCACCUUGGAGGAUUCCGUCCAAUCUACCCCACAGAGGAAGGAGAGAGAUAUGAGAAAUAUUUUAAACACAGCAGCUCUCUGUUCCAGGAGACUGCAGCCUCUAAAGCAAGGGAGGAGUGUUCUAGGCAGCAGUUGCAGGAGCUGCGUCUGAAGCAGGAGCAGAAAGAACGAAAACAUAAAGGAAAUCACAAGGAUCUGCAAGGAGAAUCUGCAGGAGAAAGAGCCAAACCAUGCAAAGUGCAAACUCACCACAUACACUCCAAACCAAGCUCUGAACAAGAUCUGCAGUCCAUGCCCCCUCUUCCAACUUCAGCAGGAAGGACGUCCUUGUUGUUGGACGUGUCAAAAGAAGAGGAAGAAGAGGAGGCGGAACGAGUUAAUGCACUCCUCCAACGAAAAAACUUGCUGCGGGACUUGGGUGUGGUUGAUCAGGUGUAUCAGUUGCUACACGCUGCCCAGUCGCAGCCUAAUCCCAACAAACACCCACAUGAACAAUUGGGUUCUCUGACAGACUUUUGGAGGCAUAAACCCUGUACUGUGAGACAGCGGAAAGUUCCUCCAGGAGACAAGCCAUCCCAGCAGUAUUUGCACUCUCGCCUCAUGCAGCACUGCACACCGCUGACCAUGCAUGAUUGGAGGCCUCCACGGCCGGUACUGAGUGAGCCAACCAGUUUCCAGCAUAUCGAUCUGGAUUUGACAACAGCAUCAGAUGUUGAGCGACAAGCGCUUCCAGAUCACAGGAGGGCUGCUAGUGCACAUCGGAUACCAUGGACAAUUUCUAGCCCUCUUGCCAGACAGGGCAGUAUUAGAUCAUGCUUUCUGGAGUCAAGGAACCGGACUCCAAUAAUGACUAUGCAGCAGCUGGUUUCGAGGCAACUGUGUUGUGGUCCCACGUCUUCUGACCGUAAAGCCUUGCAGAAUCUGUUCAUCGUCUCCACUUCAGCCCCUAUUGUCCCACGUCCAGGUCACUCUUACACUCCCCACAAAGGCCACUGCAAAAACUCUCAACAAGGACAUAGCCACUGAUGUGGGAUAUCCUGCUGCUCAACGGCCAAGCCUAUGGUUCCCUCUGUGCAGUAUUUUAAUUCCCAGUAUGUAUAUGAAAUCCAAAUCAGUAUGUAUAUGAAAUCCAAAUAUUUUUCAGUGUACUUGAGAGUCUGGGAUUUUCUUUGUUCAGGUAUAAAUGCAAAGUCUUGUGUACUUGUUUUUGGCAUAUAAGAGAGACUGGUUGUAAAAGACCUGUUUAUUUUUUAAUUUCUAUUUUUGCUUUAAAUAUUAUAUUUAUUUUAAUAGAGUAUAUAUCAAUUAUAGAUGAGCCAUCAUAUAUUCUGAGCCAGAAAACAAUGAAAAAUAUUUAAAUAACAGUUAAUUUUGUAAGUGGAACUGUGGGGCAAUUGUCUGUUGUGUUUAUUUAUUUCUUGUUCUAAAAGUACAAAUCAACUAACAAAAGUCUUAGUAGUGACACUCUGUGUAAUCAGAUAACAUUAAGGUUCUUUAGAGCGAUGCCAUAUAUAUUUUUUUGGUUUCCUGGAACCUUUGAAUUAAUGAAUCUUUUGCCAUUUUUGAUGGUGGAUGUCACCAAUAUGUGAUAAGAUCUUUGUGUUAGAAAAUAAUUAUUCAGUUUAUUGUGGCAGCAAACAUUAAACG